AAUCCAAACUCUCUCUUCCCUCCACCCCCGCUUCCUCCUUCUUCCCGUACGUACACGCCGGAGGCCGGACAGAGACACGAACCGCACGGCGACGAGCUGUGAGACGCGGCGGUUUUGGUCGCGACCUGAGGGAUUCCGAUGACAACCUCGUCGUCCGGGAGCGUCGAGACGUCGGCCAAUUCGCGGCUGGGGACGUUCUCGUUCGCCAGCGCGAGCUUCACGGACCUCCUCGGGGGAAACGCGGGAGCCGGCGGCGGAGGUGUGUCCAGGUACAAGGCCAUGACCCCGCCUUCGCUGCCGCUCUCGCCGCCGCCGGUGUCGCCGUCGUCCUUCUUCAACAGCCCGAUCGGCAUGAACCAGGCCGACUUCCUCGGCUCGCCGGUGCUCCUGACCUCCAGUAUCUUCCCGUCGCCGACGACGGGCGCAUUCGCGUCGCAGCACUUUGACUGGAGGCCGGAGGUGGCGGCGGCGCAGAGCGCCGAUCAAGGCGGCAAGGACGAGCAGAGGAAUUCCUACUCCGACUUCUCGUUUCAGACGGCGCCUGCGAGCGAGGAGGCCGUGCGAACGACGACUUUCCAGCCACCGGUCCCACCGGCCCCACUGGGGGACGAGGCAUACAGAAGUCAGCAGCAGCAGCAGCCAUGGGGCUACCAGCAGCAGCCUGCAGGCAUGGACGCGGGUGCCAACGCGGCGAGCUUCGGUGCGGCGCCGUUCCAGGCGACCUCGUCGGAGAUGGCGCCACAGGUGCAGGGUGGCGGCGGGUACAGCCAGCCGCAGUCGCAGAGGCGGUCGUCGGACGACGGCUACAACUGGCGCAAGUACGGGCAGAAGCAGGUGAAGGGGAGCGAGAACCCCCGCAGCUACUACAAGUGCACCUUCCCGAACUGCCCGACCAAGAAGAAGGUGGAGCGGUCGCUCGACGGCCAGAUCACCGAGAUCGUGUACAAGGGCACGCACAACCACGCCAAGCCGCAGAACACGCGCAGGAACUCCGGCUCGUCGGCGGCGCAGGUCCUGCAGAGCGGCGGCGACAUGUCGGAGCAUUCCUUCGGGGGCAUGUCCGGCACAGCGGCGACGCCCGAGAACUCGUCGGCGUCGUUCGGUGACGACGAGAUCAGAGUUGGCUCCCCUCGGGCCGGGAACGGCGGCGGCGACGAGUUCGACGACGACGAGCCGGAUUCCAAGAGAUGGAGGAAAGACGGUGACGGCGAGGGGAUCUCCAUGGCUGGCAACCGGACGGUGCGGGAACCGAGGGUGGUCGUCCAAACCAUGAGCGACAUCGACAUCCUCGACGACGGCUACCGCUGGAGAAAGUACGGCCAGAAGGUGGUGAAGGGCAACCCGAACCCAAGGAGCUACUACAAGUGCACCACGGCCGGUUGCCCCGUGCGGAAGCACGUGGAGCGCGCGUCCCACGACCUGCGCGCCGUGAUCACCACCUACGAGGGGAAACACAACCACGACGUGCCCGCCGCGCGGGGGAGCGCCGCGCUCUACCGCCCCGCGCCGCCGGCGGCGGCCGCCACCAGCAGCCACCCGUACCUGCCGAACCAGCCGCCGCCCAUGUCCUACCAGCCCACGGGGCCACAGCCGUACGCGCUGAGGCCCGACGGGUUCGGCGGCCAGGGACCGUUCGGCGGCGUGGUCGGCGGGAGCAGCUUCGGCGGCUUCUCCGGGUUCGACGACGCCAGGGGCUCGUACAUGAGCCAGCACCAGCAGCAGCAGAGGCAGAACGACGCGAUGCACGCCUCGAGAGCCAAGGAAGAGCCCGGAGACGACAUGUUCUUCCAGAACUCGCUCUACUGACUGAAAGAAUCGUCGUCGUAGGAAUCUCAAAGACAUGACACGACGGAAAUUGUAGUUUAGGGGGGUUUUGUACUUGUACGUACCUAGGAUAUACUGUAGUCUUUGAUACAUUUGUUUAUUUGUUUGGAGGGCCCAGGAAUGCAGAUGGCUGCAGAAAAGGGUACCGUCCCUUAACACUGGAGAUGGGAGGAAAGGAUGUACUCCUGUAGGAUACACAGCAAAUUUUGCUCUGUAAUUUUUUUCACAUAGAAAAAUGUUGUAUACAAUUUUAAUUUUUUACAUCAUCAAAGAUUCAUAUCCUCUAAAUGUAAUUUACUAGGGGGAAAUAAAUAUAUAUGUGUGUAUUUAAGCAA